CCCGAUUCUGUCGCCCGCCAUAAGAUACGCUGUUUCAAAAUUCGAACAUAUGGCACUAGACAAAUCUAGCAAUCUAUCUAUCUUCCCCAUUCACGUUUGGUCGGUAUUAAAAGAGCCAUCUCUUACAACUACCAUGUGUCCUAUUCCCCACCAGUAAGCGACGAUGUCAAGCUCUCUCAAAUCCCUCGUGGACAUAAUUUCGUCUGCAGUAUCGGCUCUCGAAUCCCAAUUUUCUAAGCAGGGAAUCGACUAUCCGUCCCUUGACGAUCCGUACUACCCAACCGUACUCGACGAUGCAGUCGAAGUGGUCACUGCAAGGAGAUUGAUUUUAGCAGCAGCGGCGCAACUUGUUGCUUCGGUAUCCCCGCCCACGGACUACAUGAAGGAGUGUUCAACAGCUAUGUACACGACAGCGACAUUGGGUUUCGUUGUCGAUGUCGAUAUUUCGAACUUCCUCGAUAGGACUGGACCCGAGGGACUUCAUGUCAACAGUCUAGCUGAAUAUACGGGGCUUGAUCCCUCGCAUCUUGGUCGAAUACUCAGGUUCCUUGCGACCCGUCAUAUUUUCAAGGAAUGCAGUCCAAAUGUGUUCAAGAACAAUCGUCUGUCGUCAGUUCUUCGAGACUCCAAAUUGCCGGUCUCAAAUUCCGAGACUCAACGCACUGACAAAUAUUCUUCCCCAUCGUUUUCUUCCUUCGUUUCGUUUUGCGCGGAUGAGUCUAUGAAAGUCUCUUGUCAUCUCUCAGAUUUCAUCAAAAAUCCUAAAGAGCAUGUCUCCCCAUUCAAUCGUGCAUUCUCUCCUUGUGCCACGACAUGGGAAUGGUUUAAGCAACCCGGUAACGGAUGGCGUGUCGCCCGUUUUGGCUCCGCGAUGGAGAACCUGAGUGAUAGUAUUCCUGCGGAAACUUUGCUGAAUGCGAUUGAUUGGAAGUCUCUGGAGUCGGACGAGUUUGUUGUGGACGUCGGUGGAGGAGUCGGCUCCGCUGCACUCAUGUUGUACAAGCAUUCGCCACAUUUGAACUAUGUCGUUCAAGACCUUGAUGUUCAGAUCUCCGCGGGAACGAAGUUCUGGGAAAGGAAUGCUUUGCAAGGCCUACAAACCGGGCGGGUGCGACUUCAAAGUAAGGGAUGUCUUCUCUUUUCGUCCGAUGCUUAAGCUGUGGCUCACCAAUUCUCAGCACACGAUUUUUUCGCCCCUCAGCCUAUUCAGGGUGCAGCGGUUUACCUUUUACGCCACGUCACACACAACUGGCAGGACAACCAAGUGAUUGAGAUCUUGAAAAACCUUCGCUCGGCAGCGAACCCCUCGUCGAAACUCAUUAUUCUGGAACCGCUCGCCACAUUCACUUGUGAAGUACCAAGCUCAUCUACACCAGCUCCUGACCCUCUUCUUGCAAAUUACGGAAUCGCAGGUGCAGGAUGGAACACAGCACUCGAUAUUCAAAUGCUGUCGUACUUCAACACUGGAGAACGCAUGGAGCACGAAUUUAGACAGCUUGGAGAAGCUACUGGUUGGCAAUUGGGGGAUGUCAAACCAGGAAUCCUGGCAGCAUUAAUCUUUACUCCGGCAUAAUGCACAUUUCCAAGCAUGUCCUUGGUUCGAACUCGGCAUAAUAUAUACAAUCUUUGCGUCC